AUGCUUGGUCGAAAAAUCAAGGCCUCGAUUGCGCACGAUAAUGGUCGUACUCCCGAGUUUAUCCGACGGCGUGAAUAUCCGGACAAAUCGCGUUGCUACGAGUGUGGGGAAAGUGGACACUUGAGCUACGCAUGUCCCCAUAACCUACUUGGUCCGCGCCAAAAACCUGUAAAGAAGAGGAAAUUGAAACCCGACAAAAAGAAACCGCAGCUAAAUCGUCCAUCCGGGGCAGAAACGGAUUCGGAAAGUUACGAGGGCGAUGACAACUAUUUAGACUCUUGGGGAGCUGCCAUACAGUACCAAAUGUCUUGUGGGCAAAACGCAUCCAACCCCGAAUUGGAGCAGACAGACAGUUCCCCUGCCCCUGAAAAACAUCCCCGUAUCCGUAGGGAUAAUUACUUCUCUGAUGAAGAAUGUUUUGAAGAUGACGAUACCUAA